GGAAGUGUUUGCUGCUAACUGUUCUCAUUUCAUCACAGUUAUUACGAAGUUGCAGUUCAGUUUCUCCUCUUCAAAUCUCAAAUUCAAAAUUCCAUCAAAUUUCAAACAAGCAAUGGAAGAAUGCAUUAAAAUCCGAAGAUACGAAGAAUUUCUCACAGAUAAGGAUUUCGAGUCUCUUAUUGAAGCUAAAAACGUUCCCGCUGUUUUGUGCGGAUGCAUCAAGAAUUGGAGAGCUUUCUCUCUAUGGAACCCGCGGAACGAUGGUCUUAACUACUUGCAGGAACGGGUUGGAUCGUGUGUGGUGGAGGCUAUGGUAUCUUCAUCUGCACCUGUCUUUUAUGGUGAUCUUGGAAGUCAUCAGAGGGUUCCUUUGCCAUUUUCUACCUUCAUUGACUUGUGUAAGAAACGGAUGCAUAUGCAAACUGAGCAACAACAACAUCUAGAUGGUGAUCAUUGUGUUGCCUCGCAAACGGAUCACACACAACAUGAUUUUUCGUCCUUGGAAGAUGUUCCUGAUCAAAUUUAUUUAGCGCAGGUUUCAAUCAUGAACAAUGACCGUCAGGAGAAGGUUCAGUUGGGAACCUUAAUGGAAGACAUCCAGACGCCUCCAAUUUUGGGAGCAAAAGAACUAUCUUCUAUAAAUUUGUGGAUGAACAAUGCACAAUCUAGAUCAAGUACUCACUAUGAUCCACACCAAAAUCUUUUGUGCAUAGUUUCUGGCCGCAAACAAGUUGUUUUGUGGCCUCCUUCUGCUAGUCCCUCACUCUACCCGAUGCCUAUCUAUGGGGAGGCUUCCAAUCACAGUUCGGUUGCUUUAGAAAACCCUGAUUACUCAAUUUAUCCAAGGGCAGAAUGCUCAAUGGAGUUUGGACAAAAGGUUGUUCUCGAGGCAGGCGAUGCACUUUUCAUUCCUGAAGGCUGGUUCCAUCAAGUAGAUAGUAAUGAUUUGACUAUUGCUAUUAACUUUUGGUGGCGAUCCAACACUAUGUCUUGCAUGUUGGAACAUAUGGAUGCUUAUUAUUUACGCAGAAUAUUGAGAAGAUUGAUUGACAAAGAGAUGGACCAGCAACUGCUCAAGUUGGGGACGGGAAGAAAUAAAAUGUGUGCAAUCAAGCUACCUAAUCAUAAACAAACAAAUCAUGCUGAUGAAAAUUGCAGUCAGAUGUUGAAAGGAAUAGAUUUAAAGGAGAAAAGACUUAACGAGGGGAACACCUUGAUUGAAUUAGAAUCUGAUGCAGUCCAGGUGCUUCAUGAACUUAUGUCCUUGGUUCACAACAGUGUCAGCGCCAGCCAGGAUCAGCAAUCACCGUCGACUUCUAUAAAUGAUUAUGAGCUUAUACACAAUGGUAAAUGUGAGAAAAUAGUGAAUGCUUACUUGAAAGAUGAUCCCGUUGCUAAAAUUCUCUGGGACGUUGAACCACAAACUCUCCAAAAUGUUUUUCUUGCUAUGGCGAACAACUUCCCAAGAACUUUAGAGGCUCUUGUUCUGCAUGUACUAUCACCAGUUGGGGCUGAAGUUCUUACUCGGAAAUUUGAUGAGAUGGAUGAACAAACUCUCGAGGAAGAUCGGAAUAGAUUCUACGAGGUUUUCUACAGUGUGUUUGAUGACCAAUCUGCAGCAAUGAAUUCUAUUCUAAAAGGGAAGGAGCUAUUCACACAACAGGCAUUUAAGAAUGUAUUGGACAAAUUUGUGGGAGUGAAUCUAGAAAGCUCAAAGUCAGGGGUCAGAUGAGAUGCUUAUGGAUGAAUUGACCUACCAAGAUGUGAAAGAAAUUUGGCCAGCUUGUGAAACAGAAUAUUGGUGCCUAAAUUAAGACUCCCAAGAUUCUACUAGUACUUUGUUUAUCACAAUCAUGCCAGGAAUUUAACUUAGGAUACCUUAUAAAGAUUAAUUUUCACAAGUGGGUAGCAAAGAAUAUCAAAGUAGUAUAACUGUCCUAUUCAAGGAGUGGACGGUGUUGUGAGGAUUUGCAGCUGAAGGAAAAAGUGUAGCAAUAGGUAGGAAAAGAAAGUUUAGGCAAUUAUUAGCAUUGGAGAUGAGAUUCCCUGGUGGAAGAUGACAUACAAGUAUGUUGACAGGGGGAGAGAGAGAGACAGAAAGAGAGAGAUUGAGAGAGAGAGAGAGAGAGAGAGAGAGAGAGAGAGAGAAUAGAAGAGGCUUUUAGUUUGUCUCCUUUUGCAUCAGAGGGAUAUUUAAAAGAGGCAGUCUCUUUGAGUGGAGGCAAAUGGGAUGUAUUGUACCUUAACACUGCUGCAAUUUGUAAAUAUACUUUUCAAAAGCUUGGAUAUACCAUAACACCCAAAACCUGACACUACCUCAUUUGGUUAAUCCCCAUGCUCUUUUCCUUCUACCGAGUUGCGAGUUUAGUGACAAAAAACUUUUCUUCAUUCCUUUUGUUAGCUUGUGCUGAGUUUGGAAGCACAGUUUUUAAUGAAAACCUUGUUAAUUUUCAACAGUUAAAUAUAUUUCUUUGGCUUUUAUAAGCCACUUUCUA